GUUUAGCCAAUUUUUUAAUCAUUGCUAAACGUUCUCGAAAACAUGAAAAUCUUGACAAGCAGCGUGAUAGAGGAUAUAUUGAACAUUUUGAUUGCAAUGCAACAAUUGAUCUUUGUCACACUGUACUUCAUAAGCGUCUCGAUAGAUUCAAUACAUCUAAUGACAUUAAAGCUGAAAUAAAAAAAAAUAUUCAUCAAAUGCCUGCAGAUAUUUUUAGACAAUUAGAACAGCAGCAUCCAAACCUAACUCAAAAACAAGUUCAUGCAUGGUGGACUUAUUUUUUAAAAAAAGAAUAUCUUUGUGACGAUAAUCAAUUAAUUUCUACUAAAAUAUUAGUAGAAGAAAAUGAAUAUAAAGUUACUAAUUCAAUUGAUGACAAUGAUAAUGAAUCAAUGCAAAUAUUUAAGGAAUAUAAGUCUGUGCUUUCUGAUGCACUCAAAAUUGUACAAGAACAAGAAAAUGCUAAUAAUAUUCAAUGA